UUAGAUUCCAGGCAAUGAACAAAAAAAAAAAAAAAAAGAAAAGAAAAGUUUGAUUCCAGGCUUCUAGCUAAGGUUUUGAUGUAUGUCAUUUGCUUCACAAAGUUACGUUGGUGCCACCUUUUCCUGAUUCCAAAACGUUUUGAUCAGUUAACCGAUUCUUGAAAUUGGGAAACCUGGAAAAGAAAGGAACGGCUAGGAUAUCAUACAGUUGCUACUGCCGAUGCCCCAAGCUAAACUGGGGUUUGUUGCUAUGGCUUUGACCAUGGGCCAUGAUGGCCUUUGAGAAUUAAGCCAUGACUUAUCAAAAGGUUUCUACUUACAAUUAAGAUCAAGUUGGGAUAUGAUUUACUGUCCACACAACUCAGGGAUUGAUCAAAUGUUUCUCUUAGUCCUGUGGAUAAUCUACUUUUCUUGUUCCCCAUGGAAGGAAUACGAAUUCAAAAAGAAAAGGUGCGAAAAGAAGAAUAAAGAAAAAUGUAUGAACAAAAGAAGCUUUAAAUCCAAAACUAACAGCUCACAGCCAAUCUCCCUCGUAUUUGUUACUAUUAAUCUGUAUGCCUGGUCUUACUUUAUUCGUAUUCUCCUCUUCAUUCGGACUCCAGAAUUCAUAAAGCUUGCUCUUAUAAAGGGGGCCUUUCACUGAGAGGUUUCUCCUGCCUUCUUUGCAAUCAUAUUCUUUGGUGCUCCAUACUAAACUUCUAUAAUAGACAUGGCAAAAAACUUUGGUUUUCUGAUUUGUCUCUUGAUCAUGGCCAUGGACAUUACUGCUGGGAUACUUGGCAUUCAAGCGGAAAUAGCUGAAAACAAGGUGAAGCAUUUGAGGAUGUGGAUUUUUGAGUGUAGAGACCCCAGUUUUACUGCUUUCAAGCUAGGAUUGGCGGCAGCAGUACUUCUUGGCCUUGCCCAUGUUAUUGGCAACCUUCUUGGUGGUUGCGUAUGCAUUUGGACCAAGGAAGACUUAGACAGAGCAACUGCUAACAAACAAUUAGCCGUGGCUUCCCUCAUUUUCUCAUGGAUAGUAUUAGCAGUUGGAUUCUCAAUGCUGAUCAUAGGGACACUGUCAAACUCAAAGUCAAGGAAAACAUGCGGCAUAACUCAUCAUCGGCUUUUCUCCAUUGGAGGAAUUCUAUGUUUUAUCCAUGGACUUUUCACUGUUGCUUACUAUGUAUCGGCCACCGCAGCAGCCCGAGAAGAUAGAGCAAAUCAACCUCGAGCCACUUCUUAAUUUACGGGAUCCAAC